AUGACGGGCAAAUUUGUUUUCGGCGACGGAGAGACUAGUGAACAACUCCUUAUAUUUUGUUUUGGUUACAAGCUUUCUUUCUUUCUUUCUUUCUUUCUUUUCUUUCUUUCUUUCUUUCUUUCUUUCUUUCUUUUCUUUCUUUCUUUCUUUCUUUCGUUCUUUCUUUCUUUUUUCUUUCUUUCUUUUUCUUUCUUUCUUUCUUUUUCUUUCUUUCUUUUUACUUUCUUUCUUUCUUUUUUCUUUCUUUUUUUCUUUCUUUCUUUGUUUGUAUCUCUCCAAAAAAAAGAACGCUCUCUCUCUCUUUCCACCUCUCUCUCUCUUUCAAACGCUCUCUCUCUUUCAAACGCUCUCUCUUUCCACCACUCUCUUUCCACCUCUCAUUCUUUCAACAUCUCUCUUUCACCUCGCUCUCUUUCACCUCGCUCUCUUUCCACUUCUCUCCUUCCACCUCCCUCUCUCUUUCCACCUCCCUCUCUCUUUCCACCUCCCUCUCUCUUUCCACCUCCCUCUCUCUUUCCACCUCCCUCUCUCUUCCACCACUCACUCUUUCCACCUCUCCUUCCACCUCUCUCUCUCUUUCAACCGCUCUCUCUUUCCACCACUCUCUUUCCAACUCUCACUCGUUCAAACUCUCUCUUUCACCUCUCUUUUUCCGCCUCUCUUUCACCCCUCUCUCUUUCCAACACUCUCUUUCCAACUCUCAUUCUUUCAACCUCUCUCUUUCCACCUCUCCCUUUCCACCUCUCUCUUUCCCCCUCACUCUUUCCACCUCUCACUCUUUCCAGCUAUCUUUCUUUUCUCUCCUUCCACCUCCCUCUCUUUCCACCUCCCUCUGUCUUUCCACCUCACUCUCUCUCUUUCAACCGCUCUCUCUUUCCACCAUUCUCUUUCCAACUCUUACUCGUUCAACCUCUCUCUUUCACCUCUCUCUCCUUCCACCUCUCUUUCACCUCUCUCUCUUUCCACCACUCUCUUUCUACCUAUCUCUCUUUCCAACUCUUUUUCACCUCUCUCUCUUUCCACCACUCCCUUUCUACCUAUCUCUCUUUCCAACUCUCAUUCUUUCAACCUCUCUCUUUCACCUCUCUCUCUUUCCACCACUCUCCUUCCACCUCCUUCUCUUUCCACCUCCCUCUCUCCUUUCACCUCUUUCUCUUUCCACCUCCCUCUCUCCUUCCACCAAUCUCUCUUUCCACCUUCCCGUUUAUCUAUCUAUCUAUCUAUCUAUCUAUCUAA